UGGGGAGGCGGAGCUUAAACAUCCGAGAAGAAGAAGAAGAGGGCGUCUCCGGCAACGGUCAGAGCUGAGUGGUGACAACGCUGUGUGUCACGGAGAAGUGUUACUCUAUACCUGCUUGUUUGUGAGAGAUGCAGACCUCAUCGAGCCAGUGACCAGAGUUUGCUGUCCCCAAACCAGCCGUGACAGGACAGCAGGACACAGAUCAGGCCCAACAUGGCUGCCAGGCAACAGAGAGCUGCAUCUGCUCCAGACGGCUCAGCGGAGGCCAAAAGGACAGACCUCAGGGCCAAUGAGAAGAAAUGUUCUUGGGCCUCCUACAUGACCAAUUCUGCCACUAUGAUAGUGAUGAUUGGGUUGCCCGCUAGGGGGAAAACCUACAUGUCCAAGAAGCUGACACGCUACCUCAACUGGAUUGGAGUGCCGACUAAGGUGUUUAACCUUGGAGUUUAUAGGAGAGAAGCAGUGAAGUCGUACCAGUCCUACGACUUCUUCAGGCAUGACAAUAAAGAAGCAAUGGCGAUUAGAAAACGGUGCACUCUGGUGGCACUGGACGAUGUAAAGGCCUACCUGAACGAAGAGGGAGGCCAGAUCGCUGUUUUUGAUGCCACAAACACUACCAGAGAGAGGAGGGAGCUCAUCCUUAAUUUUGCAAAAGGCAAUGCAUACAAGGUGUUUUUUGUAGAAUCAAUAUGUGACGAUCCAGAUGUCAUCGCUGCAAAUAUCCUGGAUGUGAAGGUGUCCAGCCCAGAUUAUUCUGAGAGGAACAGAGAAAGUGCCAUGGAGGAUUUUCUGAAGAGAAUAGAAUGUUAUAAAGUGACGUACCAACCUUUAGAUCCAGACGAACAUGACAAGAACCUGUCCUUUAUCCAGGUCAUAAAUGUUGGCUGUAGUUUCUUGGUCAACAGGGUGCAGGACUACAUCCAGAGUAAGAUUGUCUAUUACCUCAUGAACAUCCACGUACACUCCCACUCCAUCUACCUCUGUCGGCACGGAGAGACCCAGCACAAUUUGGAAGGACGCAUCGGGGGAGACUCUGAACUGUCAGACAGAGGGAAACAGUUUGCAGCAGCUCUGAAGGGUUUUGUGGAAGAGCACCGUCUGUCGGACCUGAAGGUUUGGACCAGCCAGCUGAGACGCACCAUUCAGACGGCAGAGGAGCUGGGUGUUCCCUAUGAGCAGUGGAAGAUCCUGAAUGAAAUCGAUGCUGGAGUGUGUGAAGAGAUGACCUAUGAGAUGAUUGAGGAAACAUACCCAGAGGAGUUUGCCAUGAGGAACCAGGACAAGUAUAACUACCGCUACCCUGGAGGAGAGUCCUACCAGGAUUUGGUUCAGCGGCUGGAGCCACUCAUCAUGGAGUUGGAGCGACAGGGCAAUGUUCUGGUCAUCUGUCAUCAGGCUGUCAUGCGCUGCUUGCUCGCCUAUUUCCUGGAUAAGAGUGCAGAUGACCUACCUUACAUAAAAUGUCCCCUGCACACUGUCCUGAAACUCACCCCUGUGGCUUAUGGGUGUAAAGUGGAACUGUUUGAUCUGAAGGUGGAGGCUGUCAGUACUCACAGGAACAGACCCUUGAAUAAAGUCGGGACAGGUGUUGUGCCGCCAGCUUUCUUCCGACGGAACAGCUUCACGCCGCUGUCUAGCCAAGACCAGGUUAAACGACCUCGUCUUUACAGUGUGGGCAACCCUUCUCAUCCCGGCGUGUCCCAUACCCCCACUUUACCCAGCAUGGAGUUCUCCGAGGCUUCUGAGGGGACAGAGUUGCAACAAAGUGAGGAUUCUUUGAACGGUUUCAGUGCAGCAGAUGUAGACGACUGUGUUCAGGGUUAAAGACAUACAAACAAAGGCUUUUCUGCACAUGGAUAUUUCACCAGUUCUGGGGACCAACUGUAAAAUCCCAACAUGCACCCUGUCUGCACAACUCUACAUGUGCACAUACUGUGUGUAUACUGUACAUACCUGACCUGCCCAAAGAAUGUGCUGCCAAUAUUUUUCCAGCUACUUUUCAUGUUCUGACAGUUUUUUAAUAUUGCAGUUUUGUGUUAUUUUGGGAUCAUGAUUUUUUUUGGGGGGGGGGGGCGGCCCUCUGCAGCUUCUGUUCUUGGUAGUAUGGCUCUUUCUGUACCUCCAGACCACUGCCGCAACUGUGUUAUGUGUUAGCCUAUGUCCUCUAGGCUACUGAUGCUUAACUCCCAUCUUUAUAAAGUCACACUCUGAAUUAUU